AUGCAUUACCAUGUUCAAUUAAUUUACUUACUCUUUGGCGACGGAAUAUCCGAUACAGGGAACUCCGUUAGGGUUCCGGUAUAUGGGCCUAUUCAACCACCCACACGUGACCCUUACGGCGUCACUUUCCCCGGCUAUCCUACCGGCCGUUGGUCCGAUGGCCGUCUCGAGAUCGAUUAUGUGGCGGAAGCAGUGGGUCUGCCCAACAUUGUACCAUACUUGUCGAUCAAUGCUUCUAGAAGCUACGAUGGAGUCGUAUUUUCAAUAGCAGGAAGCACGUCUCUUAAUGAUUCAUUUUUUGAAUCAAGAGGAAUUGGUGUCCCACCUGUUCAGAUUCCUCUUGACACUCAAUUAGCUUGGUUUAGAACAUUUCUCCGAUCAAAGUGCACUAGUCAGACAGGUUAA